CUCCGGGGUUCACGCUUAACCAUGUUCAACCUCAGGGACGCGCUCUCCAGCGCCGAGUUCUCGGGACGCGUCAACGACGUGUUCUCCGCUCUCGGCUCCGGAAGUGUUAAACAACCUGAAAAAUCAGAUAUCAAGAGAAAUAAGACACCAAACUUUGAGCAGCAGCAGUUGGAGAGAUCCAUUAGCAACUGCUCUACCAGGGAUGCCAAACGGUUCCGGGGGGAGGACGUGGUCAAGGACAAAAGCUCAGGUGGAUUUAAACAUCCAGCUGAGUUCUUGAAACCAGAGAGAAGAGAGAAUACAUCAUUCAGGGGAAGAGGGGGGCGUGGGCGUGGGCGGGGUGGGGGACGGGGGGGUUUUGUACCGGAUUUCAAGAAAAACCCUGAUAAGUGGACUAAAUAUAGUUUGGAAGAUGUGGGUAAUGUUACGGAGAGAUCUAAUACCGCCGCAGCUCUGCAGUUCCUUCAAACUAUUAAGAAGAAUAAGAUGGAUGUUGAUGAGCCGGUCGCGGAUUUAUCCCAAAAACUGGUUUUCAAGCGUCCCACGAAGAAAAUUAUAAGACCCGACCAUUAUCCAAUAUCUGAAGGUUCAACUUCAGAUAUCUCGGAGCCGGAACCCUCCUCUAAACCAACAUUUGUGGGUUCCAAGCAGGUUCUACCGGAAUAUGUUGUCGGAGCCAAACCUAUCAAAAAGAAGGGACAUUCUAAACCUCUUCCAUCUCAAUCCAGUAAAUCCUCAGAGCUUAAACUCAGUCAUCUGGAUGAUGAGGAGGAAACCGAAUAAUCUCAGAUUUUUCGCGGAUUUGUUACGAGAAUGUUUCCCAGACUUAUGUGAAUGUUCGUCCACUGUUUCUCUGGGCAUUAAUGCAUUUUCACAAUCACUAUUCUGGAAUACGUUUCUAUUGCAAUAUUUUUCAGAAAAA